GUACAUAGCAAGACACGAGUGAUAAUGUGAAACAUCAUGGUGAGGAUUAGUCUCCUAACCCAGUCAUCAGAAAGCCGCCAAAAUGAUCCGGGCCAUUCUCUGCUCCGUUAUUCCUUUCCUCAUCAGCCUUGGACAGACGGCAUUUGUGCCUCUUCCUUCGGGCACCGGACCAUGCGACGUCACGCUUCAGGCAAGUGAACUAGUCGACCAGUCUCGAAUCGACCCGUUCGACCCAAAAGGAGGAAAACGUUCAAUUAUGAUCACCACCUUCACCCCCGUCAACUGCGGAAGUGUCCUCCCUACAUCCUACAUCCCGAAUGCCACCGCCCAGUAUGAAGACAAUUUCUUCCAGUCCUUUGGAAUAGCCCCAGGAACAUUCGAGUCUUUUCGGAUCCAGACCCAGACCCAGCAGCCCUCCAGCCUUCAAGCAAAUCACCCAGUUGUACUUUUCUCCCCAGCUCUGGGUACCUCCAGAUUGAUGUACACCUCACUUCUUCAAGACAUCGCUAGUAACGGAUUCGCCGUCAUCUCCGUCGACCACCCCUACGACGCCAACAUCGUGGAAUUUCCCAAUGGCCGCACAGUCCUCGGAAUCCUCGAAAACACCACCACAAACGCCCAAUACACUUUCGCAAUGAACGUCCGUGUCCAAGACAUGAUCUUCCUGCUCAAUCAAACCCACAACGCAACAGUCCUCAGAGACAUAUUCCCCUUGUCACGAAAAGCGCCAAAUCUCCUCUCUCUAGACCGAGUAACCAUCAUGGGCCACUCCCUCGGCGGAGCAACAGCCGCGCAGACAAUCCUACUAGACAAUCGCUUUGUCGGGGGUAUCAACCUCGACGGCUCACUGUGGGGAUCUGUCGUGGAUAAAGGACUAUCAAGUCCGUUCCUACUUUUCGCUAAUGCAGACCACAACGAGACCACGGAUCCAAGCUGGGGGACAUUUUUGGCUAAUUCGCAGGGAUGGAAACUUCACUUGCAACUCGCGCAGUCGAAACAUUAUACCUUUUCUGAUUUUCCGGUGCUGGUUGAUGCGCUGGCUAUCUCAGAGGCUGUGAAAGAGGUUAUUCAGGCUGAUUGGAUUGGGACGAUAGGCGCGUUGCGGGCGAAGAAUGUGGUUGUUUCGUAUGUUACUGCUACCCUGCGGUACUUGGUUUCUGGGCGCAUGUCGGAUUUGUUGAGUGGGCCUUCGGUGGCGUAUCCUGAUGUGAGCUUUGUGGGUUCUUGAUUGGUUGGAUGGUAUUUUGGAGGUAUUUGGGGGUGGAGACAGAUGUAUUGGUGUAUUUGUUAUGGAGGUGCUGUAUUAAGUGGUGGUCAGGAUUCAUUGGAGGAUCUCCACGGCGAGAGAGUUAGUUGUAUUGCUUGAGCUUCAUGGAUG